CUUAGUCCAUAGUUUUGGUAGAGAAUAUUUUGGAAUUAAGUCGAACCCUCUCUCGAUGAUAUGAGACAACUACCCAAGGGCUCCGUCGGGUAUUUUGUAUCGAGGCAUCUGCGACAAGGUGCUGCGAUAGCAUUCAAGCCGAACUGGAGCUUAUACUCCACCCAGUCGCUGCUCGCUCCACCGAGUCCCAUAACACUGAGCCACAGGGUGCACUCCACUCGCAACUUUGCCAGCAAAGAGAAAAAGAAGAAGAUGGAGGUAGAAGAGGGUGUUUUGAUCGGCUUUGGUAAUCCACUGCUCGACAUCACAGUCAGCAUAGAUGACAGCUCUUUGUUGGAGAAGUACGGCCUUCAAGCGAAUGCGGCCAUUAUUGCCGAGGAGAAGCACCUGCCCCUUUUCGAGGAGCUGUCGGGUAUGGACACAGUCCAAUACUCAGCUGGUGGUGCCUGUCAGAACUCGAUGCGCAUUGUCCAGUGGAUUUUGGGAUCGCCUUUUCGCGCUCUAUACUUUGGAGCCGUUGGCAAAGACAAGUUCGGUGAGACAAUUGCCAAGCGGGCCAAGGCAGAUGGGGUGGAGACCCACUACCAAGUCAACGAUGGGAAGCCCACUGGCACCUGUGCUGUGAUCAUCAGCGGCAUGAAUCGCUCGCUAGUCGCAAAUCUUGGGGCAGCGGCCCACUUCACCGAGGACUGGAUGGACACAGAGGAGAGUCUGUGCGUGGUGGAGCGGGCUCAGUAUUAUUAUAUUACCGGCUUCUUUCUCGCCGUCAGUCCGCCGACUGUGCUGCGCAUUGCGAAGUUCGCCAAUGGCUCCAAUCGCACGACAGUGAUCAACCUGAGCGCAGUUUUCGUGAUGCAGACGCACAAGAAGGAGCUGGACGAACUGAUACCCUAUGUGGAUAUUAUUAUUGGCAACAAAGAAGAGGCACUGGCCUUUUCAAGUGCCAGUAACUGGGAUACAUCGGACAUUUUCGAGAUUGGAAGGCGUUUGCAAUGUCUACCCAAGGAGAAAGGACUGCCCCGCGUUGUUAUGAUUACGGAUGCGGUUUGUCCAGUUCUAGUCUUUCAGGAGAACGACAAGCUUCUCGAGUAUCCGGUGCCCAAGGUCGAUAAAAGCAAGAUUGUGGACACAAACGGUUGUGGCGAUGCCUUUGUCGGCGGCUUCCUCUCCCAGCUGGUGCAACACAUGCCACUCGACUACUGCAUUCGAGCGGGCAUUUUCGCUUCGCAACAGGUUCUGGGAAUUGUUGGCAUACAAAUCAAUAAACUGCCGAAAUUCAACGAGAGCUGCAUGUAGGAGUUCAAGGCUUUGCUAAAUUUAAAAAUACAAAUUUUAGGGUUUUAAAAUAAUAUUAAACAGGCAUACACAAUAUAGUUGAGCCGUUUUAGAGAUUUCAUGGAAUCUAGGCCCCUCUGUUUUGAAAAUUCCUCCUUAAGAAAUAUGUAAUAAUAUAAUAACAAGAAAAUAAAAAAGAAAAAAGGCCA